UCGGCGCCCAGGAGUUCUCGCGCUGCUCGCCUUCCCUCCCUCCCGGUCCCAAGCUUUAGCCGAGUCGCCUUGCUUUGCUCAUGAAACCAGCAGACAAGACCCUGAGAAGGAUCGUUGUCGAAACCUGGGCAGUGGGAAGGAUUCGCCAUGGAAGAGCUAACACAGCACCAGCCGUUGCCCCCAUCCAGCCAUGCCCACCAGGAAGAAAUGGCUGAAAAGACAACCCUGGUUUGUAAACUGAGAAAUAAACGAGGAACUGGCAACCUAUCAUCAGCUACUUUUAAUGUUAUCAACUCUAUCAUAGGAUCUGGUAUGACAGGCCUGCCCUAUUCUUUGAAGCAAGCUGGCUUUCCAUUAGGAAUAUUGCUGCUACUGGGUGUUGCUUACAUCACAGAUUAUUCUAUUAUCCUGUUGAUUAAAGGAGGGAACCUGUCUGGAACCAACAGCUACCAGGCGCUGGUCAAUAAAACGUAUGGUUUUGGGUACCUAAUUCUCUCAGCUCUCCAGUUUUUAUACCCUUUCAUCGCCAUGAUUAGCUACAACAUUAUAACAGGAGAUACUUUGACUAAAGUUUUUCAAAGAAUUCCUGGAGAUAAUUUGCUUAUUGGCCGCCAUGGUAUCAUACUGUGUGUUACCAUCUUCUUCACCCUUCUUCUUUCUCUUUAUUGAAAUAUAUCAAAAUUGGGGAAGGUAUCGUUUGUUUCUCUCAUUUUAACAGUCGCCAUCCUGGUGUUUGGGAUUAUAAGGGCAAUUACAUUUAGUGCACAGGUAUCCCAAACAGAAAAUCCAUGGGUGUUUGCAAGGCCCAAUGCGGUACAAGCCAUUGGGGUGAUGUCUUUUGCAUUCAUUUGCCAUCACAACAGUUUUUUAAUUUAUGGCUCUCUGAAAGAACCCACACUAAGCAACUGGGCUUGCAUCACCCAUGUGUCUGUUUUAUUUGCUGUGUUUGUCAGCUUGUUGUUUGCGGUGUGCGGAUAUGUGACAUUUAGAGACUAUACGGAAGGAGACAUAUUUGAGAACUAUUGCAGAGAUGAUGACCUUGCUACAUUCGGAAGGUUUUGUUAUGGAAUCACUGUCAUCCUAACAUUUCCAAUAGAAUGUUUUGUGACCAGAGAGGUAAUUGCAAACUUGUUUUUCAAUGGGAGCCUUACAACCAUUUCCCAUGGUGCUUUGACAGUCAUCAUUGUUGCUGUAGCUAUGAGUAUAUCCUUAGUGUACGAUUGCCUGGGAAUAGUGUUAGAGUUAAAUGGGGUGCUCAGUGCUACUCCAUUGGUCUUCAUUCUGCCUGCAGCCUGUUACCUGAAGCUGUCUGAGGAGCGAUGGACCUAUUCAGACAACCUUCUCUCUGCCCUGAUUCUUGCUAUUGGAGUGCUAGUGAUGAUAGUUGGCUUUGUUAUGACUGUCCUGCAUCCCCAAGAAUGUACACAUGGAAAAGAAAUGCCAUACUGCUUCCUUGGAAACUCCUCUCUCUCCAACCAUACAUUUCUCUCUUCUCAGCAAACUUGGCAACCCUAAGUAGAAAAUGCCUCCCAGCCCCAGGCAAGCACAGUGCAAUUACAUAUAUUGUGUGUUUCAGUGUCAAAAAAAUAUUUCUUGCAAGAGUUAAUAAAGGGUACAAGCUGUACUUAGAACUCUAGGAUUUUGCAGUAGUGGACUUGACCUAAAAUGCAAAAAAUACUGUGCCUGUGUUCUUCAGUUUAUGAAGUCUGUAAGCAGAUACCCCCAUCCUUUGGAUCCAGCUGUUGUACUAUUGGAGUGCCUAAACAGAGAACUAAUUCCUAGUACAAGGAGAGAGCCAGUUUUUGUUGCUUUGUAACACCCCCAAAUUUCAAAUAGCAUCACGAUGGUGGUGUAAACUCCACCCCUUGUUAAGGGUUGUUUGAUUAAAAU